UCCAUUUUGUGUCCAUUCUAUGAGAUGACGACACUUGUUGUGGCACUCUUGCAAAUAGCUCACACAAAGAGGCGGCUACACUUUCGCGUGUAUAAGGCCAAAUUAUCAAGAUGGAAUGUACCAGGUUUUUAAGAUUUUAGGAACAUUUUAACGAGGAUACUCUUGCAAAUUUAGGCCAAUGCCACAUGGAAGUAAAGUUUCUUUGUUUAGGUUGUACGUUCUUUGGUGGGGAAGAAGGUCACGGGUUCAAGGGCGUGUGCUGUUGAUACAGCAUUUAAUGGCAGAUCUGGAGAACUCUCUGGGAUCUGCUGGCGUUAUGUGCGGAGAUGAAGGCACCAUGAAGAUUUUAGAAGAGUUGUGAUGGGUUGAUCGGGGACUAUUUUAAUGAUGAAGAAAUGAUCAUGGAUUCAGAAAUUAACAGGAAGAUUCUGGCAACGAUGCGGUAAAUAAGUUAGGGAGCACUGAAAGGAGAGUGGCUAUUAAAUGAAUACAAUGUGUGCAAAGGCAGCGGCAUGGAAAUUGGAAAUACUAUUAUAACUCUGGUGUCUGCAAUUGCAAGUGGGGAGUGCAUUGUAAAAUGUAGGUUCAUUCCACAUAGCUUUGAUUGCAUUGAGGCGCCCAUGGUUGAAGCAAUAUCAUUGAAGUCGUGCAAGAUCUUCACCCUUAAAGCACUUGUGGAGACAACAGAUAAUGGAUGUAAAAGUGCUGCACAGUGAUUCUCCAAGGGAAAGAUGCAAUGACUCUGCAAAGGCAAUGCGCAGAGCUGAUAAAAACACCCAAACCCUAAGGGAAAGGAAUGAUGGAUUGAUUAAUGCGAACCUAAAAAUGAAGGCAUCAUUCCAGGUUGCUAUGCCUCUUUGCUGAGAUAAAGGUGGCCUCUCAGUCUUCAGAGGUUCUUAGGGCUAAGAAUGCUGGAGGAUUUCCAAUCAAUGAAAGAGAUAAGCUUUCCUUGCGUUUGAUGAUUUCUCUUCAAGAUAGUUCUUGCUUCAAAGUUUCAGAGGGAUCUUGAAAAAGGUAUGAAAGCCUAUACAAACCUUCAACUCAUUUACUUACUGAAGAAGAUGUCCAAAGGUAUGCCAUAGGUCCUUUCACAGAAUGUGAAAAUAAGAGAAAAGCAAAUUAGCAUCUUCAGUUUUAUAUAUGUCUGGUUCUUUUGUUAAUUGUUAUAUUUGGUUAAGGAUUAAGGAGUCCUAGGAUUCCCACAAUCCUCAAUGAAUACUUGGUAUAAAAGAAUUGACAAUCAUUUAUUAAGCGUAGGGUUUUGUAAUAUAUUGUGAAUUCUUAUUUCUGAUGUGGAUGAAUUAAGAAUCUAAAAUUUAAUGCUUUACUUUCUAGGGUUAGAAGUAUGUCCAGGAUCUAACCAAGUAUUCUAAGUCAAGUAUACUAUUGAUAUUUGAUGGAUUGUAAACAUUUAUGUAAACUAACUUAGAGAAGUUGAGGAUGUCUACAGCUAAGUCUGAUUUAUAGAUCCAUCUGAAGACAGGCAGUUGAUUAUUGGGUUCUUCAGCUAAUUCAUGAUCAAGGUUGUGUAUGUUGUUCUUGGCAAGCAUACCCUAAAGUAUUUUUGCUAAGCAUAUAUGAUUGUGAGUUGAAGCUGUUAUCACCUAGAGUAUUGGACAAGAAGUGACACAAAUAGGAAAGACACUUCAAACACCUUGUUCCAGCUUGGAAACUCUAUGAUCUAUUAGGACUACAGUAAACAGUCCUCAGUUGUACUAAGUAUUGCCGAAGCUGAAUUCAUUAGAGCAUGAACUGUAUCAAGGAAACUGUGUGGCUUUUCGAAUUCUUGUUGAAUUGUUUCUUAUAAUUAUUUAUUAUCAGGGUUGUAUAGUGAUACUUGACAAUUCAAUGUCUUAUGACAGGUCAAUCCUAUGUUGCACAUGUUCUCACCAAGUCUUUUGAAGCUUGAAUACUUCAUAAGAUAGACUUGGAGCUAUGGAGAACACUACCUUGGUUGAGAAGAAGUCUCAACCUCAGUGAUGCAUUGUGUUGCAUCAACCACCCUCUUUGGGCUAUGUAAGGUGGAUCCAAUCUAUGCUUGUGUGCUAGAUGGAAUCUCAUCCUAUGCUUGUGUGCUGGAUGAAAGAUGUGCUAGAUCCACUCUAUGCUUGUGUGCUAGAUGCAAUCUCAUCCUAUGCUUGUGUGCUAGAUGAAAGAUGUGCUAGAUCCACUCUAUGCUUGUGUGGCAGAUGAAACUUCAUCCUAUGCUUGUGUGCUGGAUGGAAGGUUUGCUUGAUGGAAGGUGUGCUAGAUGGAAGAUUAUGGUUAUUCCCUUCUUUGCUUGUGUGCAAGAUUAUGAAUUUUUGAUGUUAUACUCUUCUGUGGGAGAAGAUUGAGGUAAAGGUAUUACACUCUUCUCUAGGUGAAGAUUAAAGGAGAAUACUGUGUGCAAGAUGUAAAUAAAGAACAUUAAAAUGGAAGUUCUCCUUCAUUCUUAGCAGACAAUGAAUGGCAAUGCAAGAUGAAUACUAUGGGUUAUUAUUCGUGGUGUUAUUUCUGGCUACUUGUUAUAAUCCUCUCUAAAAGAGUGUUGGCUAAUUUCAGAAUACAAGAUAUAGAUUGCAUGUAUUACUUAGGGUUGGGCCCUAAUCAUGUAACUUGGUUGUAAGAUUAUUUUUCUCCCUAGUUAAGAGGGAGUGUUGUUUGUAACUAGUUCAAAAAUUAAUUAUAAAGCAAAAAUCAAAUUACCCAAGGCAACAAUUGAUUUUUUGCUAAAUAGGGUUGGGCCUGCCCUUUCUUGUAUCCACACCCAAAGGUAGCAUGGGCAUUCAAACUAACAUUGGCGCCAAAUUCAAUAUAUGGCUGACCCUAUACGAUAAAAGGUGGAAGCAUUCAAAUAUAUAUAUAUUAGUGUGGGAAAUCAAAUUUGAAGUUGGCGCCAAUUACUUAUUGGGCCGACCCAAUAAGUCAGCAAGCACCAUAUAUAUAUGGUGUCAUUUGGAGUGCAUAAAAUAAGUUUUUCAAGCAAAUAAUUCUGCUCGAAAAGAUUGAUGCGAACUCUACCUUUUCCCUAUGGUGUGAAAUUCUCCAGUCGUAUAGUGUGAACCUUCUCAGCUAUUAUGUGCAAUCAGUAUAUGAAGAAUCUGAGCCAACUUGGUGUGAACUAUCUCUGCUGUUAGGAGCAAUCUGUGCCAGAAGAAUCUGAUCCAUUGUAUGUGAAGAACUGAUGCUAUAUAGACUUAAGGAAAAUCCCGUUCAUGGGCAUAAUCCUAGAUGCAAAUACCUCCAUUAAAGAGUGCAGAAUUCAUCAUCAAAAGGUGCAGACCUGUGUACUUCAUAUUGAUAUUGAAGACAGGUUAUCAAAGCUUUGAGACAUCAUAUCAAACCUGGAGCAGAUCUAAAGAAGAAGGAUGUUUAUAUCUGAUUUGGUGUAGUCUUGGUCAAGCUUGUGUGUUGACCUAGUUACCAGAUUAGAACAAAUAGAUUGUUGUUUGUUCAUCAUCAUUAGCAUUAAAGGGAUAAGUAUUGUAAUCUAUCCAAUUGGUGACAAUCAGAUCUGAGGAUCAUUCCUUGCUGGGUUUUCCUCCAAGAGGGAGGUUUUCUAGGGUAACUCAUGUUUUGUGUUAUAUUGUUUAUGCAUUUCAUUUAGACUAUAUUUGUUUAAUUGUUCAGCUAGCCUUCAUGUUAAUAUAAGUUGUUAAAGAUACAAUUCUGAUUUUGUUCUUACUGUUAAUCUGAGACCUAAAAACCAACAGACAAAACUGCGAUCUCAUAACCUCCUAAGGAGUUGCCACGUAUCACAAUAGCCUCAUUGUAAAACUGUGGGCCAAGCUUUGCGGGUUCAAAAAGACAAAAUGCCAUGCAUUAGAUGAAUGCAUCUCUUCAGCAAGGAAAAGAAAGAGGCGCCGAGAAUGCGCAUUGUGCCAACCUAUGGUAGGCAUGUGCAAACCUAUCAGAACAUAGCAUGGAUAAAUAAAGUCCACAAUUACUGAAUCAAAGGAAUUAAUCUCCUCCAAAACUUUCCCAAGCAAAGAAUUGAGCCUCCAAUUUGGAGUAUAGCCCGCCCUCAAGGCAUUGAUAAUAAUUGCAAAGUCUCCUUCAAUGUCCAAGUGUUUUAUAAUUGAUAAGCCUAAUUUUAUAAUGAAAAAUAACUUAAAAAAUAAUUUACCAUCAACUUUAAAAAUAAAUACAUUUAUUUAUUUAAACACUCACAUUCAAUUAUAAAUCCCAACACAUAUUUCUAUAAUUAAUUAUUACUAAUAUUUCAAUUUCAUCAAAUUACAUUUAUUAAAAAUACAUUUAUAUUCUUAUACUACUAUUUGAGACGACCUUAAAAUAAAAAAAUAAGAUCCACUAUCCCCAUUAAAACCCCAUCUUACGUGAACCCAAAUUUGAGCUAAUUGGUUGUAAUUCUAAGAAAAAAACUCCCCUUUUCAUUAAAUUUUUUAUUCCAUUCACCACCUCAUGAUGUUUUAGAGCUGCACUUUCGUUACCUUCCUUGGAUCGUCACGUCGGCUGUCUUUAGCCAAACUUGUAUUUUCUUCAUCACCAUAUAAAAUUUUAACACUCAUUGCAGUCAUCCAUAUGCAGGGAAAUAAGCAAUCCCACCAAGUGCGUGAUUGUAUAAAGCAAUCCCACCUCUGCAAAGCUCUCAAAUCGUUAAACUGAGAGCCCACGUAGAAAUGGAAGAAGCAAGCGGUAAUGUGUUCAGGAAAUCUGGGCGUGGAGAUUUGUUAAGAACAAGGGCAAUCCGAAGAGCUAGCGAUGCAGAUCAUAGGCUGAGACUGAGCCAAUUCAAGAUUCUCAAGGAAACAGGCCGCCAUGGCAUGGGAACACAGUAUUUGGCACAACUACGAGGCACCCAAAUUUACUACUCCAUGAAAGUCAUGGACAAGCAUCAACUUGCAAGCCAAGGAAAGUUAAAAAGCGCCCAGAAUGAAAAGGAAAUCCUGCAAAUGCUUGAUCAUCCAUUCGUACAGCCUUUGUAUUGUUAUUUUGAGACUGAAACUUCCUUUUAUGCAGUCACAGACUAUUGCCCUGGUGGAAUAAACCUUUGUUCCCUUAGGGAAUUGUAUCCUGGAAACUAUUUUCCCGAAGACACUGCAAGGUUCUAUGCAGCAGAGCUGCUUAUAGCUCUGGAAUAUCUACAUCAACUUGAAGGAAUAGUUUACAGAGAUCUCAAACCAGAAAAUGUCUUCAUAAGAUCAGAUGGGCAUAUUAUGUUGAUGGAUUUUUCUUCAUCUGUGAUGUGUACUUUGGACCCUUACCUGGUCACAGAUUGCACUCCUUGUUCCUCAAAUUACUCGAGCGUGCAGAAGCUAUUUAGAUGUUUGCCGUUUUUACCUGCAAAGAUAUGUAACCGUUUAUGUUGGAGAAAAAGUGCAGUGGAUUGCAGGAGAAAGAGCGUGCGGGAAUUUGUUGCAGAGCCUAGAAGUGAGGGAGAUAAUCUUAUUGGAAGUGCUAUGGACUUGUGGACUUUCGGAGUGUUUUUGUAUGAAUUGUUGUUUGGACAGAUGCCGUUCAAAAUUGGGCAUGGUGAAUGCAGAUAUUACUAUUACAAUGCAGUAAGAGAGAGCUUGAGAUUCCCGAGAAUUCCUUCUGUUAGCGAGGAAGCCAUGGAUUUGAUCAAGGCGUUAUUGGAGCCUUCUAGUAAGGAAAUGCUUGAGAUGAAGAACGUCAAAAGACAUCCUUUCUUUCACACUAUUUCUUGGAACCGCAUCCUAUCCAUUACUCCUCCGUUUGUACCACCAGAAUGAAACAUACAUAAUCUCCUACGUUGCUCAUCCCAUUUCUCUUUAAACGUUUUCUUUCAUUUACGUUGCUCCUCCCAUUUCUCUUUAAACGUUUUCUUGCAUUCUCCUGAUCAGCGGCUGUGAUUUGAAAUGACGUAAAAAUUCUUAUGGAAUUGAAUUCAGAAAUCAAUUAUAGUAUUCUGUGAUUAUCAUC